AGUACACACCACCCGGGGGUUGUGGGAACCGCAGUUCCGGGAUGGUGGGCGGCGGCGGUGGCGGCGGCGGCGGCGCGGGUCGCGGCGGCCUUCUAGAGAACGCCAACCCCCUCAUCUAUGAGCGCUCCGGGGAGCGGCCAGUGACGGCGGGCGAGGAAGACGAACAGGUGCCGGACAGCAUCGACGCCCGCGAGAUCUUUGAUCUUAUUCGCUCCAUUAAUGACCCGGAGCAUCCACUGACACUAGAGGAAUUGAACGUAGUUGAGCAAGUUCGGAUCCAGGUUAGCGACCCCGAGAGCACAGUGGCGGUGGCUUUCACACCCACCAUUCCACACUGCAGCAUGGCCACGCUUAUUGGCCUUUCUAUCAAAGUCAAGCUUCUUCGAUCCCUUCCCCAGCGCUUCAAGAUGGAUGUGCACAUUACACCCGGGACCCACGCCUCGGAGCAUGCAGUGAACAAACAGCUUGCAGAUAAGGAGCGAGUGGCAGCUGCCCUGGAGAAUACCCACCUGCUGGAGGUCGUUAAUCAGUGUCUGUCAGCCCGCUCAUGAGCCUGGCUUUUGACCACCAGCCUGCACACAGAUGUCCUGGCCUCAGCUCCACCAAGGGCUUGUGGCUUUGUUUUCUUAAAUCACUGACAAUGAGAAACUAACAUUUUUCAUUUUGUAAUAAACCCCUAAUUUAUAUUCAU